UUUAUUCUUGAUAUUACAAAAGACUUGAGUAAAUGAAAAAAAAAAAAAUUAAUAAACAGAGUCUUCUUCCCACCAAUAAACUUAUUCACGAAUCGUGGGCGAGAGCUAAGUGCGAUAAGAGAAAGCAUAAUUAAUAUAUUAAUCUGAGUAUCCUUUAUUCAUAGACAGUCCUUCACUAAGAUACGUUACAUAAUCAUAUCUAACAAGCAUUUUACAAAGAGAAAUCAUUGCAUCACCAUGUACAACGUAUAGAAUAAAACUGCAAUGAUCACUGGGGCAGCUAAUGGAAUAGGCUACAAGUGUGCUGAAAUAUUGCUUCGCAAUGGUACAAAAAAGGUUGCCAUAGUCGAUUUGCCAACAUCAAACGGCCAGAAUGCGGCGGCUACUUUGGAGAACGAAUUUGGGAAAAACUGUGCUAUCUUCAUUGCCUGCGACGUGUCAAAGGCUGACGAUUUGAAGAAAGCAUUCGAGAAAACCAUCGACGAGUUUGAAGAGCUCGAUAUUCUUAUCAACAACGCCGGUAUAAUGAAUGAUAAAAUCUGGGAGCAAGAAAUCAAUCUAAAUAUCAAGGCAGUAAUUCGCGGCUCCAUGUUGGCGUUCGACCAUAUGGGGAAGCACAAAGGUGGCAAGGGAGGCGUAAUCGUCAACAUCUCAUCUCAGCUAGGAUUGUACCCAGCUUUUAUUUCAAUGUAUUCCGCUUCGAAAUAUGCCGUUCUAGGAUUCAGCCAAUCUCUGGCGAAAAUGUACGACAAGACCGGAGUACGAGUUGUUAUAAUGUGCCCGGGUGCUACACUGACAGCGUUGCUAGCAAAUAUCCAAGAUAAGAUAUGCGACUCUUUUCGAGAUCUGAUAGACACUGAUGCUGAAAUGGAUAACCAUCCGACACAAACAACCGAUAAUGUGGCACUUGCAAUUUUAGAUCUCAUCCAGAAGGGUGAAAACGGAGCGGCUUGAGUCAGCGAAGGUGGUCAACCGCC